AUGCGCGCGGAACAACAAACAAAAUUAAUUAAGCAAAAAGCAAGAUUAAGUGAAUUAGAAACACAGUCUAAAGCUUUAAAGGACCGUGAAAAAGCUGAAGUUGAUGCAGAUUUAGCACUGCUUAAACAACAGACAGAAGCCGCUGUCGCAGAGGUCGAGGUCAAAGUUUUAGAAGAAGUCGAGAGCGAUAGAAGAUCCUUGUCGUUACAAGAAGACAAAGAGUCUUUACAAAAAGUGAAAAUGACACUAACAAAAAAGUAUGUAAAUGAACAAUUUAAUGAAGCGGAACAACUCAAAUCUCAAGACAAGAAUAAUAAUGUUCCGCAAGAUAUUCCGAACAAUCAAGACAAAUUUAGUUCACAUACUCCGGCACCUUGGAACCAGUUAAACAUAAUUCCUACGCCAAGGAAUUUGCCAAAAUUUCAAGUCGACGAUUUGGAUCGAUCGAUAGUUGAAGAUAUUAAACCAGAAAUUCGGCAAAAACAAACAUUAAAUCCUUAUGCAGCUGAUUUUGAAUUAACUCAACCACCACUGCCACCAAAUCAUGAUCAGUCUGUAGUGUCUGACUUGACAAAGUUUUUGUUGAAGAAAGAUUUAUUACUUUCUAGAUUUCAGAAUUUCGAUGACUGUCCCGAAACUUAUGCUUCAUGGAAAGCUACCUUUAAAAGUAUUACUGACGAACUCUCAGUUACGGCUUUCGAAGAAAUGGACUUAUUAGUUAAAUGGCUCGGCCGUGAAUCUUCAAAGUUUUCGCAAAAUAUUCGUGCGUCAAAUGUGAACAAUCCAAAUGCUGGUCUUCGUCGUAUAUGGGAGCGUCUUGACGAACGCUAUUGUAGACCUGAGAUGGUAGAAGCUGCAAUUAAAACAAAACUACAGAAGUUUCCAAAGUUAACAAACAAGGAUCAUAGUCGACUUUAUGAGCUAUUAGAUAUUCUCACACAAAUAGAAUCUUCGAAAGAGAAUGAGAAAUUUUCAAAUUUAUUGUCAUAUUUCGACUCUUCUUCUGGUGUUUUACCAAUUGUGGACAAGUUACCAUAUAAUAUACAAGAGAAGUGGACAACACGUGCAUCGCAAUACAAACUGAGGAACAACGUACCAUUUCCACCUUUUUCGUACUUGGUGCAAUUUAUCAGAGAGGUUAGUGCUGUCAAAAAUGAUCCCGCGUUUAUUUAUAGUAAUACUGAAACGUCGUAUUCUAGGAAAAAUGAAACACGGAAAGUUAACCAUGGUGCAACGUCAGUGUUUAACCGAAAAACAGAUGUUAAUAUUAAACAGAAGGAAGAGAAAGAGACAGUACGUUGUCCUAUUCAUAAAGCCAAUCAUCAUUUGAAUACUUGUCGAGCCUUUAAAGCAAUGACUUAUAAAGAACGCAGAAAGUAUCUGAAGGACAAUAAUAUUUGUUUCAAAUGCUGCCAUUCGACAACUCAUAUGUCACGAAAUUGCACUGUAACUGUAAAAUGCGAUCAUUGUGGAAGUAAUUAUCAUAUAACCGCUAUGCAUGUAACUGCAAAAUCUAGUUGUCCUGACGGCGGAGAGAAAUCAUCAGAUACAACGCAAAAUGCUAAUGAUCAAACAGUGUCAUCAAAGUGCACGUUUUUAUGUGGAUUUAGUGGUAAAUCAUGUGGAAAAACCGUUCAGGUCCGUGUGUACCCGAAGAACUUCCCAGAUAAAGCCGUUAAUGUGUACGCUAUACUGGACGACCAAAGUAACAGAACUCUUGCUAAGACUGAGCUGUUUGAUCAAUUAGGUAUAAAUACAUCGGCCAUUCAGUAUACUAUGUCGUCUUGUGCUGGACGCACUAUCAUGAAUGGUAGAUGUGCAGAAAGUCUGAUAGUUGAGUCAUUGUCUGGUAAUGGAGAACUUGAAAUACAUUCAGUAAUAGAGUGCAGUGCAAUCCCAGACGAAAAAUCAGAAAUUCCGACUCCGGAUAUUGCUAAAUCCUAUCCCCAUUUACGGGAGAUAGCUCAUCAAAUGUUAGAUUUGAAUCCAAAUAUAGACAUUCAACUUUUGAUUGGAAGAGAUGUCCCAGAAGCGCACCACGUGUUUAGACAGUUGACAGGACCGAAGGGCACGCCAUUUGCCCAGGAGCUCUUUUUCGGUUGGGUAAUUAUAGGCGAUGUUUGCUUAGGCAAAGUACACAAACCAAAUUUUGUCAAUGUCAAUAAGACUAAUGUAAUGAACAAUGGUAGAGGAACUAUAUUUGAACCUUGUACUAACACUUUGUAUGUAAAGGAAAACACUGAAUUGGCUCAUAUCAGAGAUAAUGUUAAUUCACAAAGAUGUAACAAUGACCCAUUGUUUAUUAAAACCAAAGAUGACGACAAGAUUGGCACAUCAGUCCAAGACCGCUUGUUCCUUAAUCUCAUGGAUUCUGAAUUUAAGAAAGAUUCAAAUGGGCACUGGACUGCACCCCUCCCUUUUAGACCAAAUAGACAACGAUUGCCGAACAAUAGGAGUCAAGCAUGGAAAAGGGCUCAAAUACUCGAUAAAUCUUUCCAACAAAAUUUUACAAAAAAGACUCAUUUUGUAGAAUUUAUGCAAAAAGUAUUAGUUAGCGGAGCAGCGGAGGUAGCUCCCAUAAUCACAGAUGAGGAGUGUUGGUAUCUCCCCCUUUUUGGUGUUUACCACCAGAACAAGCCUAACCAGAUAAGAGGCGUAUUUGAUUCCUCAGCAUCUUUCGAAGGAGUAUCUCUCAAUAGCGUUAUGAUGUCAGGACCAGAUCUCACUAACAACCUACUUGGUAUUUUGUUGCGUUUUCGCAGUGACCAGUUUGCGGCCACUGCUGAUAUAGAACAAAUGUUUUAUCAAUUCUACGUGAGAGAAGAAGAUAGAAACUUUUUGAGGUUCUUUUGGUACAAGGACAAUAACCCAGAUAAUCCGCUUAUAGAACAUCGGAUGUGUGUCAAUGUUUUUGGCAAUAGCGCUUCUCCUGCAGUGGCAACGUACGGAUUACGCAAGACAGUUGAAAACUCUAAUGAAACGUUCGGCUCAGAUGUUAAGACUUUCGUUAACAGGGAUUUUUACGUAGACGAUGGACUCAUUUCCUUGCCUGAAAGUGAACAAGUAAUUGAUCUUAUAACAAGAACACAGAUGGCGCUAAAAACAGAAGGUAACAUUAGGUUACACAAGAUUACAUCAAAUAGUAGCGACGUAAUGAAGGCUUUCCCUACCGAUGAUAUUGGAAAGGAUCUCAAGAAUUUAAACUUGUGUGAAGACUAUUUUCCGGUACAACACAGCCUUGGCCUCGCUUGGGACUUAAACACCGAUAGCUUUAUAUUUACCCCAUUACAAGAUGAUAAACCCUGCACCCGUAGAGGUAUUCUUUCGUCAUUGAAUAGUAUUUUUGAUCCGAUUGGAUUCUUGUCACCACUCACAAUUAGCGGAAAGAUUUUGUUGCGAGAUGCAUCCCCACCGGGUACUGAUUGGGAUGAAGGUUUAUCACAAAGUUUUCAAGAGAAAUGGAAUGAAUGGAGGAUCUCUGUUUUGUCACUUCGAGAACUUAGUAUACCGCGUAUGUAUAUACCUAUGUCAAUCAGUGUUAUGGACAACUUAGAAGUACAUGUAUUUUCAGACGCUUCAGAGAAGGCAGUUGCGGCUUCGGCAUAUUUAAGAGCUAUCGACACACAUGGGACCAGUACCGUAGGAUUUAUUAUGGGAAAAUCGAAACUAGCACCUCUUAGCGGAAACACGAUACCAAGAUUAGAGUUAUGUGGGGCUGUCUUGGCAACCGAAAUUGGAAAAAUAAUAUCUGAAAAUUUAGAUGUUCCGUUGGACUCUAUCAAGUAUUAUUCUGAUAACAAAAUUGUGUUAGGAUAUAUCACUAAUCAGACCCGACGUUUUCACACCUACGUGUCAAACAGAAUUGAACGCAUUCUGAGUGUAUCGUCGUCAAAUCAGUGGCAGUUUGUCCCAACACAUUUAAACCCAUCAGAUUGCGGUACACGUUACUCAAUAUCUGUUGAUAUGGAAAACAAUCCAUGGCUUCUUGGGCCGAAGUGGAUGAAGAACUCUGACGAAGAAGCUCAAUGUGAUGUCAAAAUAUUAUAUCCGUUAGUUAGUCCAGAUAAUGAUAAAGAGAUUAGAAAAGAGAUAAGUGCAUCGAAAACGUCAAUAGAUGCGCUUGCGCCAAUAGUGGGGCGUUUUAAAAAAAUCUCUAGUUGGAGACGGCUUGUGAAAGCUAUAUCAUUUUUGCAACAUGUGGCUCAGUCAUUCAGUUUAAAGGAUAAGUCGUGCCAAGGUUGGCAUUUUUGUCAAAAUGUCAUGUCAGUUGAUAGUUACCAAAAAGCGGAAUUAUUUAUCUUGAAGGAAUGUCAGAAGGAAGUAUAUUCGCAAGAGAUAGAAUGUUUGGCUAGAGGCACAAACAUUUCAAAACAAUCAUCUUUAAUCUCUCUUUCGCCAUUUUUGGAUUCACAAGGUUUGAUUCGUGUAGGAGGACGUUUGGAAAAGGCAAAGUCUUGGCUUCCGACAGGAGAAAUUAACCCAAUUAUCAUUCCGAAAAAUAGUUACAUUAGUAAGCUUCUUAUAGACCGCUAUCACAAUUCAGUGAAACAUCAGGGUAGACAUUUAACUGAAGGUGCGUUAAGGAGUGCAGGAUACUGGCUAAUUGGAGCUAAACGAUUAAUUUCUUCAUUUAUACAAAAGUGUGUAAUAUGCAGGAAACUUCGAGGAAAGUUCCAGGAACAAAAAAUGGCGGACUUGCCUUCUGAUAGACUAACACCAGGGCCUCCGUUCACAUUUGUAGGUUUGGAUACCUUCGGACCUUGGCAAGUAUUAACUCGUAAGACACGUGGAGGUUCAGCAAAUAGUAAAAGGUGGGCUAUUUCAUUUACAUGUAUGACUACGAGAGCAGUUCAUAUAGAAGUGAUAGAAUCAUUAAGUAGUUCCUGUUUUAUAAAUUCACUUCGUAGGUUCCAGUCAUUACGCGGACAAGCCAAAGUGUAUCGAUCUGACCGUGGGACAAAUUUCAUAGGUGCCACAGAUGAUUCAAAUAUUGAAGCUAUAAAUGUUGAAGAUUUGACAGUUAAAAACUUUCUAUAUGAAUCUGGUUCAGUAUGGAAAUUUAACCCUCCCCACUCUUCCCACAUGGGAGGAGUGUGGGAAAGGAUGAUAGGUGUCACACGAAGAAUAUUAGACGCUGUUAUCUUAACUUCUAGUAGUAAAAGUUUGACUCAUGAAAGUUUAACAACAUUCUUAGCUGAAGUGACCGCUAUUAUUAACGCAAGACCCAUUGCACAGAUAUCAUCAGAUCCGGAAAUGCCUUUGAUUCUAAGUCCAUCAAUGCUCUUAACUGGAAAACAAGACUACUUACCUGUGAUAACGGACACAUACAAUCUUAAGGAUAUGUAUCGUGCACAAUGGAAACAUGUGCAAGUUCUAUCAGAUAUAUUCUGGAAGCAUUGGAGGUCAGAUUAUUUACAAUGUUUGCAACAGAGACGUAAAUGGCACGUUGAAAAAGACGAUAUCAAAGUUGGUGAUGUAAUUCUAAUGAGAGACAAAUCUAUUUACCGAGGAGAGUGGCCACUAGGCAUUGUGGAGGAAGUUUUCAAAAGUGAUGAUGGAAAAGUACGCAAGGCUCGCCUCCGCAUUUACAAGGAAGGAAAAGCUGUUACAUAUACUAGACCGAUUAGUGAGAUGGUUUUAUUGGUAGACUGAUUGUGAAUAUUGACAAUAUUGAACAAUUUAUAAAAGGUUUAAGUGAACUGUUGUUUGUAUUUUUAGUGUGUUUUUUAUGCUGAAGGAAUGUUCUUCGAUAGCAUUGAUUUUUCGCAAUAGUCAAAAUUGUGACUUAUUUUUACAUUUGGUAUAUUUGCAUAAAUUUGUUGUAAAAUAUUAUCAUGGGAAUGAUAAUAGACGGGGAGUGUACUGUUACCAGUGUUGAUUUUUUAUUGUUUAACAGAAAUUCUAUCGAUUUUUCAUAAGUUUUCCCGGACUAUUUUUUAUUGCUAGAUUUUUGUACUUUGAAGUUCGUUACUGUCCCCCUUACUUUUUUGUUUCCUAAAUUGAAAGCAUGAACGUGGUCACAGGCAUUUAAAAGUAUCGUAAACUACGCCAACUCACAAUCUUUUUACCAACAUCACAGCACACAUAUGUAGAACUUGUUAUUUCAUGGUUUUCGAAAUAAAUGAUAUACAUUA